AUGAGUCCACAACUGAAUCUGGUGCGCCUUAGAGGAACCUCAUCAGUGACAAAACGUCGCCUGGAACUCGAUCUGGAAGAGGAGAUCAUCUGUAUCCCGGAAUGUGAUCUCACUGCUGUAUCAGAGCGUUUUGAAAGAACCCUCAUUGGUCGUGUCCUCCACCAAGGAGGAAGAAGCAUCGAAGCCCUGAUCUCCCUGCUUCCUCGGGAAAGGAUCUGGAAUGUAGAAGGACGUGCGCGUGGCACAAACUUGGGCAAUGGGAGAUUCCAGUUUGAUUUCGACAAGGAGGAAGACCUCAAUAUGGUCCUCAAGAAACGCAUGUGCCACAUAAACCAUUGGAUUUUUGCUUUGGAGAGGUGGGAGCCUUUUACUAGCGAGAAUUUUCCGAACACGAUUCCCUUUUGGAUUAAGGUGACAGGAGUGCCUGUCCACUUUUGGAAUGACAAAACUUUUGAAGAGAUUCCGAAAGCUCUGGGGAAGAAAAUGGAUAUUGACUCGAAGAAUGCUCGCCUCCAAGUCUCUAUCGAUGCUGAUAGACCAUUACAAUUUAACCGAAGGAUCGGAUUCCCUAAUGGAGAUACCGGGAAGGUUUCCUUUGAAUAUGAAGGACUGAAUCGAUACUGUUUUGCGUGUAACAGAAAUUCACAUGAUGUUUACUCAUGUGCAGAGAUCUCAGAGGAGGAAAGGGAGAGUCUGGUUAAGGAGCUAAGAGAGCAGAAUGUUGCGGCUGCGCAGAACCAUCACACACAACUAGGCCUACCUCCAAUUCCCGCAACAACAAGAGACCUAGAUUUCCAACGGGAGAAGGUACAACAAGAUCUCCCUCUCGAUACCAAUAUCCUGGUUCAUCCAGCGGUGAAAAAAGAACCAAAGAGUCGGAGAACUACUGGACUGCAAGGAGAUAUGAGGAGCGCUCUCCCCGAGCAAAGGACCUGUUGA